UUUAGUAUUUACAUUCAUAAUAUCUUAUCAUCUCAUCUUUCACACGCGUCCAAGAAUGGAGUUUUUUUCUCUUUAUUUCCUCCUCUUAAUUUUCUCCAUUUUUCUCUACUUUUUCUUCUUGUUUAUCCACUCAAAAUCCAGUAAAAACACAAAAAAUGGCUUUAGAAUCUACCCACUUUUGGGUACUUUACCGGAUUUCCUCCGCAACCGCCACCGGUUCCUCGACUGGACCACCGGAGUCCUCGCCGGUUGCCACUCCAACACCUCCACGUUCCUACGUCCCGGAAAAGUCCACGGAGUUAUCACCGCCAGUCCUCAAAUUGUUGAGCAUAUGCUGAAAACCAACUUCGAAAACUACCCAAAAGGCCUGCGUUUUAGGACCCUCCUGGAAGAUUUUCUUGGGAGGGGAAUUUUCAAUACAGAUGGUGAAUUUUGGAAAAUCCAGAGGAAAACAGCCAGUUAUGAGUUCAACACAAAAUCUCUCAGGAAUUUUGCACUGGAAAAUGUCACUAUGGAAUUACAAACACGUUUAAUUCCAAUUCUUGAAAAUGCAGCGAAAAAUGAGAGAAUUCUUGAUUUUCAAGACAUUCUUGAAAGGUUUGCAUUUGAUAAUAUAUGUAAAGUCGCCUUUAAUGUUGAUCCAGGUUGUCUGAUUGGAGAUGCGACUUCUGGUGGGGAAUUCAUGCAGGCAUUUGAGGAUGCUGCAACACUGAGUUCAGGUAGAUUCAUGUAUGCUUUUCCAGGAGUGUAUAAAAUCAAGAAAUUUUUAAAUCUGGGUUCAGAGAAAAAAUUACAAAACUCAAUUGCCACUGUACAUGAAUUUGCUGAUAAGAUAAUAAGAUCCAGGAUGGAAGAGAGAGCUGAGAAAACAUACGAAGAUCUAUUAUCAAGAUUCAUUGGAAACGGUGAGAAUUCUCCUGAAUUUCUUAGAGAUAUUGUUAUUAGUUUCAUUUUAGCAGGGAGGGACACUACCUCAUCAGCUCUUUCUUGGUUCUUUUGGUUGUUAUCAUCAAGGUCAGAUAUAGAGGAAAAUAUACUAAUGGAAUUAGAAAUCAUUCGUCGAAAAAAUCGUAAAGCAAUUGGGGAUACAUAUAAUUUUGAUGAACUGAGGGAAAUGAAUUAUCUUCAGGCAGCAAUUUCUGAGGCUAUGAGGUUGUAUCCACCAGUGCCAGUUGACACCAAGGCUUGUAAAGAAGAUGAUAUUUUGCCUGAUGGAACUUUUAUUGGGAAAGAUUGGUUCAUUUCAUACAACACAUAUGCCAUGGGAAGAAUGGAAAAUAUAUGGGGAAAAGAUUGUUGUGAGUAUAAACCAGAAAGAUGGCUUGAAAAUGGGAUUUGCAAACAAGAAAGUCCUUUCAAGUUUCCGGUUUUUCACGCUGGACCGAGACAGUGUCUAGGGAAAGAUAUGGCCUAUAUUCAGAUGAAAUCCAUUGCUGCUUCGAUUUUGGAAAGGUUUGGAAUUGAUGUGUUGUUGGAGAAGGGUAAGUGCCCUGAGCAUUUGUUAUCUUUGACACUAAGGAUGAAAGGUGGGUUACCAGUAAAAGUGAAGGAGAGAAUUGUGUAAACAGUACACAUAUUCGGUGCAAAGUACUCGAUUGGGACACGACUCAGAUUUUAUAAAUUUCCUGUUCUUUACAAACAAGUCUAUGUAUUCUAAGUUGUCUUCAUAUGAUAAUAGUAGAUGAAUCAUUGUCAAUCAGACUUUUAAUUUCUACUCUUUGUUUGUUUAUGGGCUGGCCCUUUCUCCCUGUACGCACAUGAAUUGAAUUCUUUGAUAAUCUUUAACAAUCAAGAAAAUUUAAUAAGAUA